UUUAUUGGUGGGGUCAACGUACCGUAUACGAUCGAUCGUGAUUGGUCGUUUGCGGUGACGUUAACCAAUCAGCUUGCACGUUACCUCCUUACACGAAAGUUAGCUGCACGAGUGAGCCAGUCGCUGCUACAAGCUUCGAAGGUGCGGUCUUUAUGUUUGUGUCGUCGCGACUCGUGCUGUGUUUUGCGAGUUUUUCUCUUUCUCUUUUACCUAUUUGUUUUUUUUUCUUUUUUUCGUUCACCGUUUAUACGACACAUUGCGUCAACGAUAAAGCAUUAUCAACGAAAAAAAAACUUUUACGUGUUGACGACAUUUCAUCUUUGUGCAUCUCGUGUCGUGACAGAGACAAUAAUUAUCUUUGCUGAAAAAGUCGGGACAUAAUCCAGGACGACUGAUCCUGAAUAUUUGAUUACGGGAAAAGCACUACGAAAUCAUCAAAUCGGCUGCGAAGAAAUUUUCCCCGCUCUAUCUAGUUCAAGAAGAAGAAGAAGAAAAAGAAUCAUUUUAAUUUACCAAAGUGUUAUAUACAAAGAAGAUGUGAAGGAAUGAAGAAAUGUAAACAGUUUGUGUAAUUAAUAAAAAAGAAACAAAAUAAGAAAAAUUAUUAAACCAUAUCUAAACUAUUGAUUUAUAUAAAAUUAAAAGAAAGAAUCAAUAGUCUUGGGGUAGUUUAACGUUGAAGUCCAACAUCUUAGGAAACAUCUUAGCUCUAGCUAAGUAUUUAUAAAAGUGAUCCAAAAGAAAAAACAAAAAAACAAAAAAGGGAACAAAAACAUCGACGCAAUGAGGCGACUACAUAUAGGAGGUUACAGGAUCACGUGGAUUAAGGCUCGGCGUAGUUCUUCGUGGCCUUGGAGAAGGAGAUUCUCAGGACAGUCGGCCUGAGAUAUGCCAGGAUCGGCAACGGCUUCUCCAAUAGCAACGGAAACGGCUACGGCACGACAUCAUCAUCAUCAUCGGCCGGGUAGCCGGCAAUUGUCGAUACCAAUCGAGACGAUAGAACACCGGGUUUUUGCAACCCGACGUGAUCUUUUCGUAUCUGCCACGGUCGAUCCUCGUGCAAGUAGGGCCGUUCAUUGUCCCGACUUGAACGCCUGUUUGAUCAAUGAAUCGCGUAUAGGCCUCGACGAGGUUGAUUGUCGUGCCGUGCACUUUGGUUACGCAAUUCCUGUUAACAUAAUACCGAUAAAGGAAAAUCCUGAGUUGGCCGAGCUUGUCCUAGAUCAUUCAUCUGAGUUAAGUACAAGAACAACGAGUUUCUUAUUGAAUCAUCAUCCCCAACUUCGCGAACAACAACAUUAUCAAUUACAAGAGAAAGAACAGGAAUCACGUGUCAGGGAAGAACAUUACCACCUAGGUCAUCGGGUCGAAGAGGAAUUCUUCAGAAUGGCCGCAACGGCGAAACAUGAUCUUCGUAGAAAAUUUCCUACAGAUACUUCGUCGUCUUCCUCCGGUGACGAAGACAUCGCAGCAAUAGCGAAACAAAUCAGCGACCAUGCCGAAGCGAUUUAUCAAACUUGGAAAAGUCGUGGCUUGGAACCUACGGAAAUUUUAAACUGCCACAGUAAUGCCACAGCCGCCGACAAAUUCGGCAGUGCUCUGACACCCACCAGUUCGCCUGCUAAUGCUAGCGGUAAAACUAUCGAAUCGUUAAAUUCUACUACUACCCCUACCUCCGCGGUAGAUAUUCUCGUACAGACACCGAACUUGGACAAUGGUAAUCUAGAAAAGCUAGUUAACAAUUUCGUAGUCGAGGAUAAAGCGAGAAUAGCCGCUUCUAACCAAAGAUCGCCUUCGAAGACGUUGCCUUCUUCAAUUCAAUUUGCCUUACAAAAAUUUGAAAGAAAUUCGACCCAACAAAAUCAACAAACGUCACCGCUUAAAGGCAAUGGUUCUAUCAUUGGAUCAGGCAACGUUAUGAAUCAGACUAAACAGAGUAAUUCAUCCCUUCAUUCGCCAACUUCUUCUUUCCCUAAUAAACCAUCGCAAAUAAUGAAACCUCAAGUUUCGACGAAAGUACCUAGCGCCCAUCAUCAAGAGGUAUUUCUUGAAACUAUUGAAACUACUUUUCCAGCUGACUUGACAUCUCCUAAGAUCGUACAACAAAAGAGACCGGCCAGUACGGUCAUUUCAUCUUUGAUGAACUCCAGUUUAAACACUGACAGUGCUAGCUCGAACCCAGGCUUGACCACGUGGCCGUUGAAAAAUAAAUUGGCUGAUGGUAAACGAUCGAACGACAACAGUCCUACAUCGGUUAAGAUUAUCCCGACUAAUAAUCCUCAGGAUACUAAGAUUACAUCUGUUGUGAAAGAUCCUAAUAAAAGUACGGUUCGUGGUCGUCCGAAUCGUUUUGUUUGCGAUGAUGCUUUCCUCGACGAGGUAGCACGAGAAGAGGAAAGAUUGAUAAAUGCAUUGAAAACGGGUUCGGUGAUCACGGAAGAACCAUCCGAAAGAACAAGCUCGUCCAUAUUUCAACUUGCCGCCCGGCAAAAGCCAGCGAUCAAGAAGGAAAAGCCAAAAGUUGAGCCGAUUAAGCCAAUUAUUAUCGGACAUAAUCAUGAAGGAGUGACUUUAGUACCAACCUCAGCCACAUUAGUUAAUAAUGUGACGACUUCGUCGACCGGUAUAAGAGACAACACGGAAGGAACAACGAAAUCUCUGAGUAAAAAUGAACUUUCAAACAUGUCCGCGGUCGAUUAUGCCAAAGUAAGGUACAGAGCGGCUCAACAAAAUUCACCGGCUCAACAAAGACUCGAAGAACAGAAAUCUGUAGCUACGUACAACACGACGGAACAAUUAGUAUCAAAUGCCAGGUCGAAAUUCGAACCGGAAUUACGAAAGGAUAAAGAUUCAAACAGUAAGGACGACAGAGAUCCUAUAACUUCGAGAUGGGGUCCUAGAAUAAAUUCACCAAAGCCACGGCUUGAACAAGUGCCACAUCCUGAAUUGACUACGCAACAGAAACAACAUAUAAGAGCUGCUGCAGCUACCGGAACUGGAAACAAUCCGGUCAGGCCGUUUCUCACCAGAGGCUCGGUUGCUGAACGUGUCUUGAUCUUCGAAAAAUGUCCUAGCGAAUUAUUAUUGGACAAACGAGGUCCUCGUCCAACUGGUAUCGCCACGUGGAGAACCGGACACGAGGUGCAGAGCAAGGUUCAGAGUUACGUAAAGGAAAAGACACAGCAAAAAAAUUUACCACCACAUACUACGCUACAGAGGCACGUGAAGGCGAACAGAAAUGUUCACAUACCUCGAUUCUACUUCCCUGGCGGCAAACCCACACCUCUUUCUCAACUGGAGGCUACCAUUUCGAGAAUUACUACGGCAUUUCAAAGUUUGCCAGGUCAUCGUAUCUCUCGUGCACAAUUUCACUUGAUCACGAAGGCCUGCGAUUUACCUUUAUAUUGGAAGAUACCACUUUUCCUUGCUGCUAACAAAGAUCAGACCGAAUACGUAGAGAUGAACACUUUCCUUGAAUUUUGGAAAGAGAUAACGAGUACUCAUCAUGAUGCAGCUAGCAAAUUCAUUAGAAUCACUACACGAGGACUAAGAAAUAACAUUUUACCUGAAGAUUUGAUUCCUUUGGUUCAGGAUGUUGUUGAAACGCAUCCAGGAUUAACAUUUUUAAAAGAAGCAAAGGAAUUUCAUUCACGUUACGUUCACACGGUAAUCGCGAGGAUAUUUUAUUGUGUCAAUCGUAGUUGGAGCGGAAAGAUAUCGGUAGCUGAAUUACGAAGAAGUAAUCUUCUAGCGGUAAUAGCUGUUCUCGAACACGAAGAAGACAUCAAUCAGGUGACUGCAUACUUCAGUUACGAACAUUUCUACGUAAUUUAUUGCAAAUUCUGGGAAUUAGAUCGCGAUCAUGAUCUUUUCAUCGAUAAAAUGGAUCUGGCAAGACACAACGAUAACGCAUUAUCUACGCGAAUGAUCGAACGGAUAUUUAGCGGAGCAGUUACGAGAGGUGGUGUCAAAAGUGGUGGUGUGAUACAACAACCGGAAGAUAAAAUGAGUUACACAGAAUUUGUAUGGUUUCUUCUCAGUGAAGAAGAUAAGAAUCAUCCAACUGCUAUCGAGUAUUGGUUUAGAUGUAUGGAUCUUGAUGGAGAUGGUUAUCUGUCUAUGUUUGAGUUAGAAUAUUUCUAUGAAGAACAGUUGCAUCGUAUGGAAGGUAUAGGACUCGAGACUCUACCCUUCGAAGAUUGCCUCUGUCAGAUGUUAGAUAUGAUUCAUCCAGCAACGCCGGGAAAAAUUUCUUUAAGUGAUUUAAAAAAAUGUAAAAUGACAUCAAUCUUUUUUGAUACCUUCUUUAAUUUAGAAAAAUAUCUCGAUCACGAGCAGAGAGAUCCAUUUGCUUCGGCACGAGAUGGUCAUGAGAUGUCCGAUUGGGAUCGAUUUGCGGCAGAAGAAUACGAAUUAUUAGUUGCCGAAGAGAGUGGUAAUGACCAAAAGGAUCAAACAUCUUACGAUUCAACUUCAGAAGAUACAUUUUCGCCAAAUCUCGAUAUUCUAGUUGGCGAACCAGUUGAUGUUAUAUCUCAGGGUGCAGAUCUUUUGUCAAAAACUCAUCAUGACAAUCUGGCAUCAUCCAUCGUUCGUGACCAGUCAAGAAAUCAACAUUAUGAUAGUGGUGACAGUGAUGAUUACGCCGAUAGCGAUAAUUAGAUUGAUUAUAUCUGAAUCUCUAUACACUCACAAAAUAUUGAGGAGGUUGUGUGCAUUUACUUUUUUUUAUUUUAUUUUAUUUUUUAAUUAAAGAAUUGAGAAACAGCAACUGGAACUUCUAGCUGUGUUUAUUUAUAUGUAUAAAUAAUAUAUAAUAUAUCUAUGCAUAUAUAUAUUAUUCUGUUAAAUAGUAAAUGAGAGGACACAACCUGAAACCUUGUUUGUAAGGUCCAGUAAAUACACCAGCAAAUGAAAUAUUAGCCAAAAAUAAAAACUGUAGUGUGGCAUCAUACCGUGUGUACGAUGUAAUAGAGAUGUGUCAUCUUAAACAUACAAACGAUCGCAGUAUUAAUGAUAACGAAAUGAUUCUCAGCAUGUCUGUGAAUUAUUUGACCGUGUCGUGUAGUGAGUGCAAGUUCAUAAGUUAAACAAAUUACCGAGUCAUGUAUCAAUUCGGUGAAUGUAACUAAAUAGGCGACGUUCAUUCCAAUAUGCAAUAAAAAAAAAA